ACGAAAGUUCUCCACUUCACUGCAGUGAUUAUAUAAGCUAACAUGCUAGCUAGCUUUGUUUAUACAAACAUGACAGUGACAGCCAUAGUUUUGUAUAAUUAAAGAAAGAAUACGGCUGUAAAUCCCAUGGGUAAUGGAGAACUACUUUCAAAAACUUCAUUGGAUAUUGACAGUAAUUUACAAUAGAUGCCUUAAAAUGGAGAAGCCCCAGUGAUGAUGGAGUACCAGAAGAGCCCAGUGAAGGAGGAGAGCUCCAGAGAACGAGGCCUGCUCCACUUAUGGAGAGGCUACAGCAGUAGUGUGACCCCCGAACGGGUGCUUCUGUCCCGUCCAGUCCUCCAGGCUGCCCUCGGCAUCAGCCAUGGUAUCCUCCUGGCCGAAGGUGGGCUGGUGUACAGCUUCGGGGACCUGACGUGGCGGCAGGGCCUGAGGGUUUCUCCUACUUACCCUCUCCUUGAGUCUGUCCUCUCUGGUCAAUGUGUUGUGUCUGUAGCUGCAGGCUCCUUCCACUGUGGCGCAGUCACACGGGAAGGGGCUGUGUACAUGUGGGGAGAGAACUCCUCGGGGCAGUGUGGUCUGUCAGAGAGAGGCCUGGUCCCAGAUCCUAGCCUCGUCAGUAUGGUGGACUCUGAGGCUGUCCCUCCACAGAUCAUCAGGAUCCUGGAGGUAACCUGUGGGGAGCAGCACACUCUGGCUCUGUCUACCCAGAAUGAGGUGUGGGCCUGGGGCAGCGGCUGCCAGCUGGGUCUGGUCACCAGUGUGUUCCCUGUGUGGAGACCCCAGAAAGUGGAGCACCUGGCUGGGAGGCACGUAGUUCAGGUGGCGUGUGGAGGAUACCACAGCCUGGCCCUGGUGCGUCGCUUCCCUGCACAAGACUCUCAGUUCCCUCGGCCGACAGCUACUGAUAAGUGUUCCCAGUGCAACCAGCUGCUCUUCUCUAUGGUGGAUCAAGAGGACCAUGUCAUCAUCAGCCACAGCCACUAUUGCCCCCUAGGGAUUGAGUUGGCUGAUAGCAAACCAGGGAGCUGCUCGAGACAGGCCUCUCUAGCCCAGAGACACAGAGCCUCAGCCUGCCCGCUCUCUCAGACAGUCAGCCUUGAUCUGGGCCUUGACCCAGACCUAGCCCAAGACCCAGACCCCAUUAUAGUCCCAGAAUACCUAUUUCCUGAUGACACUGACAGUUCUCUCAGAGAGUCUGGCUCCAAAGAACAAACUAACCAAGAGGAUACUGGUACCUCUGACCUUCAAAGACAAGGCCCUGGGACUUUGACAGAGACAGACAGUAACUCGGCUCGAACACAGGCGAGGAGGAAAACCACAUCUUCAACCGACGAGAAGGAACUGAAGGAAUACCUCAAGAGAACGUCUGAUCACAUCCUGUCUGAACAGAAUGACAAUAACAACACAGGGAAUCCAAUCACCUUAGCCAAUCAGACAACAGGGGAUUCACUCACCUUAGCCAAUCAGACAACAGGGGAUUCACUCUCCUUAGCCAAUCAAACAGCAGAGGAUUCACUCACCUUAGCCAGUCAUAGCUCAGGAGAUCUACUCACCCUGGUAAGUCAUGUCCCAGGACAGUGCCUAAACGGUGACCUACCUGAUCAAGACCAACCUUCUACCUUAACACCAUAUCUUCUACCACAAUCUACAGACGACACCACCAUGGCAUCCAGCCUAUCAUGUUCACUACUAGAGAACUACACGGGUGCCUUAGUUAUGGAACAUACCUUAGCCUUAACGGGCCGUGCUGCCUCAGCCUCACCCUUCGAGGUAAACAACCCUUUAGGCAUCGGCUCCACCUGCAGCCUCUGUGACUCAUCUAAGAGUGAAGGGUGUAUCCCAGUCGCAGGGCUGUGCGAGGCUCUGUCUGGGCCUGUCAUGGCAUACAGGAAGACCAACCAGGAAGUGCGUCUCUGUAUGGAGGAGGACUCCUUGCAAGGGAAGAAAUGCUCCAGUCUGACUGAUAUCCUGCUGGAGGAGGUCAUCGAGGGGAGUAGACGGCACUCAUUGCCUCCUCUCCUCUCUCAUGCAUCCCCUGAGCUCCCCGGCAGGAGGAGCGCCCGCUCCAGGCCCAAUGUGCCCAGGAAGGAGGAGGUAGUGGAGUCUCUGCCCUCCCUGAACACAGAGGUGUGGAGCUGGGGCCGGGGGCAGGAGGGACAGCUGGGCCACGGAGACCAGCUACCCAGGCUCCAGCCGCUGUGUAUCAAGAGCCUGAAUGGAGAGGAGGUAGUGAAGGUAGUGGCAGGAACACACCACUCUCUGGCCCUUUCUGCACAGUGUCAGGUGUUUUCGUGGGGCAGCAACAGAUCCGGCCAGUUGGGACACAUGAACAGCCCCACUACCAUGCCUCAACAGGCCAAGAUGUCAAAGGGUCUGCGUGUGUGGGACCUGGCAGCUGGGCAGAGCCACAGUGUUUUCCUGGCUGAUGGUGACUGCUGCCAGCCCAUCCUCUGUUACAGCGGUCAACAGGUGAUGGAGACCACACCUGAGAACCACAUACCUGGGACAGGGUCAACUGAGAGCUCUCCGUCUAGAACUGACACGUACACCCUCAGACCUGUCCUACUGCCCUUCUGUGUGAAUAUGGGCUACAUCAGCAGUGUGUAUGGCGGAGGACAGUCCUGUCUAGCCCAGGCUGACCUCAACGUGAUGGGGUUCAUCUCUGCUCUUCACGAGCUGGCUGCAGCAGACAGGAAGUAUUACUGCAGGCUCAGAGACGUCAACAAGCGGGUGGUCAGCCCUCUACUGAGGAAAGAGUCUGUGUGCACGGUGUUGGGCCAGACGUCCAGCCUGCUGUUCCAGUCCCUGGCUAGUAGCUACAGCAGGCUCUGUCACCUGACAGGACAACACUCCGUCUCCCUUACAGCCUUCCUCCAUACUGACCGGGACGUCAAGGGACUGGUCAUCCUGAAACACGCUAACACCUUCCUGGACAUGUAUAAAGAGUACUGUUGCUCAGUGGGUAAUUUCCUGGUUAUGGGGGGAUUCCAAGCCCUCAUGAAGCCCUCUGUGGAGUGUUUUGGUAAGAAGUUUGAGGUUUUGCGACAGCUGUCAGAGUCCAGUGAAGACAAGGUUCCUCUGUUGGACCUGUUGGUGUUGCUGUUCUACUCUCCUAUGCAACACAUCCACGAGUACGCCAGGCUGCUGCUCAAACUGGCCACCUGUUUCGAUGUGAGUACAGUGGAAUACCAGAGGCUGCAGGAGGGCUGCUCCAAGUAUGAGGCACUGUCUCUCAGCCUGGGGAGGAAGAGGAAGGAGGCAGAGACAACGAACCAAUUCUGGAGGACAUAUUCUGGGAAAACUACUGAUGUCCUCCGUAAUCCCCAGCGCAGGCUGGUGUAUGAGAGUAGCAACAAGAGCCUGACCCUCCAGAACGCCGGGAGGUUCUCUGUUAACUGGUUCAUCCUGUUCAACGACGCUCUGAUUCAUGCACAGGGUACCAUCCCUUCUAAGAGCUUUUUCUCAUCUCAUCAUGUCUACUCCCUGGCCACUCUCUGGGUGGAACCCAUCACUGCCAGCAGCAACCUGUAUGGAAUUAAGGUGACAACUCCAGAGGAGAGUUUCACUCUGAUAGCAUCCUCACCUCAGGAGAAGGCUAAGUGGCUGAGGGCUAUUAACCAGGCCGUGGAGGCGGUGUUGACCGGAGAGGGGAGCGGUCCUGGGGUCCCCGCUGUCUCUCGUACCGCCUCCUACAUCUUCUACAAAGACCUACGUCUGAAGGAUGCCUCCUACUCAGGCCGCUGGCUGUCUGGCAAACCCCACGGCAAAGGGAUCAUGAAAUGGCCAGAUGGCAGAAAGUUCACGGGGACCUUUAAACAAGGACUGGAGGACGGCUAUGGAGACUGUAUAAUGCCAAACAAGAUCCUCAACAAGAGUGAUCGUUACCAGGGCCACUGGCGAGAUGGGAAGAUGCAUGGCUUUGGGACAUACAGGUAUGCUACAGGUCAGGUGUAUGAGGGAUCCUUCCAUGAGAACAUCCGUCAGGGCCAUGGGAUGCUGAGCUCUGGGAAGCUGAUUGGUUCUUCUUCCAGUGUUUUCGUUGGCCAGUGGCUUCAAGACAAGAAGAUGGGAUAUGGAGUGUUUGAUGACAUCACUAGAGGAGAGAAGUACAUGGGCCUGUGGACUGAUGACCAGCGACAAGGCAGUGGUGUGGUAGUCACUCAGUUUGGUCUUUACUAUGAAGGGACCUUCAGCAACAACAAGAUGGUGGGUACUGGUCUGCUAGUAUCUGAUGAUGACACAGCUUUUGAGGGAGAGUUCUCAGAAGACUGGACCCCUAAUGGCAAGGGUUACCUGUCCAUGUCCAAUGGAGACUCCAUAGAGGGUCUGUUUAGUGGAGAGUGGACCUCAGGGCUGAAGAUCACGGGAACCUACAUGAAGCCUAAUCUCUAUGAACUUGACAAGAAGCAAUCAACCAGGGUGCUUGAGUUGGGCCGUCUAGCCGUAUGCCCAGAGCAGAAGUGGAAGGCAGUGUUCUCAGAGUGUUGGAGCAGGCUGGGCUGUGAGGCCCCGGGACAGCCUGAGGAGAGAAUGAGGGCCUGGGAAAACAUCGCUGUUACACUCACCACAGGACGCAGAGACAGUCCAGAGCUGCUGAGCAGGUCUCAGAGUCGAGUCCUAGAGAAGCUGGAGGUGAUUCCUCAACACACAGGUCCAGUUACUGCUAGGGGGUAUGACGUCAUCCAACGAUACCUCACCAAGGCCUGCGAAACCCCCCUCCACCCAUUGGGGGGGUUACUGGAGACCCUCGUGACUGUGUACAGGAUUACCUAUAUAGGGGUAGGAUCUAACAGAAGGUUGCUACAACAGGCUGUGGAAGAGAUCAGGUCCUACCUCAUACGGAUCUUCCAGCUGGUCAGGUUUCUGUUCCCUGACCUCCCUGACGAGGGAGGUGUUAUUCACCCUGACCCCAAAGGAUCCUCAGAAACAGACCAACAAGGCUUGGUGGUGAGUAGCUCCACUCUCCUACUACCAGUCCUGCUGCCCAGGCUGUACCCUCCUCUGUUCACCCUGUAUGCCUUGGACAAGGAGAGAGAGGAGGAGGUGUACUGGGACUGUGUCCUGAGGCUCAACAAACAGCCUGACCUGGGCCUGUUGGCCUUCCUGGGGGUCCUACAGAAGUUCUGGCCGGUCUCCGUCACCGUGUUGGGAGAGAAGCAGCAGGUCCUUCCCAGCACCAAAAAUGCUUGCUUUGCUUCUGCAGUGAAGACUUUACAACAGAUCAGCACCACCUUCACCCCGUCAGACAAGCUGCAGGUGAUCCAGCGUACCUUUGAGGAGCUGACCCAGGAAGUACAAGCCCUGCUAGAGGGGAACUUCCUGUUGUCCAUGGAUGACCUCUUACCUCUGUUUCUCUACGUGGUGCUUAGAGCACGGAUGAGGAACCUGGCUGCUGAGGUGAGUUUGAUAGAAGAUCUAAUGGACCCCUAUCUGCAGCACGGAGAGCUGGGACUCAUGUUCACCACACUCAAGGCUUGCUGUUUUCAGAUCCAACAGGAGAAGACGACAUAGGGAAGAAGAG